CGUCAUUUAGCUACGUGUCAGGAAGCGCUGUUGUAUUCAACAUGGCGGCGCAACAGACUGAUGUUGACGAGCUUUUCGAUGUGAAAAAUGCCUUUUAUAUCGGCAGUUAUCAACAAUGUAUCAACGAAUCUCAGAAAUUGAAGAAUUCAACACCAGAAAAGGAGACGGAAAGGGACACGUUCUUGUACAGAGCAUACAUUGCCCAGAGAAAGUAUGCAGUCGUCAUGGAUGACAUCAAGGCUAACUCUGCUCCUGAGCUCCAAGCUGUCAGGAUGUUUGCUGAGUAUCUCUCAAGUGAAAGCAAACGGGAUGCAAUAGUGGAUGAUCUGGACAAGAAAAUGGCAAAGAGCGUGGAUGCUGCCAACACCACGUUCCUCAUCAUGGCUGCUUCUAUCUACCACCAUGCGGCGAACACUGAUGCUGCUCUCAGGACUCUUCAUCAAGGAGAAAGCCUGGAGUGCAUGGCCAUGACAAUUCAGGUGCUGCUUAGUCUGGAUCGUGUUGACUUAGCAAGGAAGGAGCUGAAGAAGAUGCUGGAACAAGAUGAGGAUGCAACGCUAACCCAGCUCGCCACCGCUUGGGUUAAUUUGGCUGUGGGUGGAGAGAAGCUACAAGACGCCUACUACAUUUUCCAGGAGAUGUCCGACAAGUACUCCUCGACGGUGCUGCUUCUCAAUGGGCAGGCAGCCUGCUACAUGGCGCAGAACAAGUGGGAGGAGGCCGAGGGAGUGCUACAGGAAGCGCUCGACAAAGACAGCAGCCACCCUGAGACGUUGAUCAACCUGGUUGUGCUGACUCAGCACCUCGGAAAAGCCCCAGAGGUGACCAAUCGGUACCUCUCUCAACUCAAAGAUGCACACCGGGCCCAUCUGUUCCUCAAAGACUAUUUGUCCAAGGAGAAUGAGUUUGACAGGCUAGCAAUGCAGUAUGCGCCCACCGCCACAGCAUAAUGGCUCUCGAUGGUCCUCAAGUUAACUUUCUACUUUCCCCCCUGUGAUUAAUCUGAAAACCUUAUUUUGAUGUUUUAUAUGAAGACAAUGUGUUGAAAUGAAACCUACACGCCCCCCCCAGACGAGUGGAAAUCCCUGUAUUAUUUCUCCAUACAAUAACUGGUCAUUCAACAUAUUAGAAAGUCUUCUAAAGAUAACAAUUGGUCACUGAAGAAAGAUAUUAAGCAUUAUUUAUAUUGGAAUUGCAGUUUUGGAGUGAUGUAGGUAGGGAUUUAGGGAUGUGGGGUAAGAGCUGUACUUUAUUUGGUUGGGUUAUCUGCACUGAGCUGCAACAAAAAUGUUGGAAAACUGCUCUUAAUAAGAACACCACUGCAAACCACAACCACAUCAAUAAGCAUUGUUCAAUCCACAGCACACUUGGAUACCUUUAGAUCUCAGUAUGCGUACAUUUUAUGCGUUUGCGUAAAACAUUUGUGAUUAAAGUCAUUUAAUUCCAUGGUAGCGUUAAUAAAUGGUCAACACGUGU